AAAUCGAACAGGCAGAUUAACUAAAGAAGGACUGAAACUUUACUAAAAAUUGAUGUAUGCUAUUUCUUUUCAGUCCUGGAGAGCGAGAGAGAUGUGAACUGAAGGAGAUGUUAGAAGAUCUUCAAUACCAGAUGUGCAGACAAGAAAGCUUGAUCAAGAAACUAAGAUACCAACUCUCUGUCUUCCACAAAAACGUGCUCCAUGAAAAGGACUCUAUGUAUGACAACAUGGCUUACGUAGACCGAGCUGUGGUCGAGCACAUUCCUUCAGAUGUGGUGGUGCCCGUCAUCAAGCCCGAAGACCUUUCAUUCCUGGUCGGAGCCGACGUCGAUGAGGACGACGUUCUCAUCGGAAAGGGUUUAUUCGGGAAAGUUUUCUUGAGGCAGUAUCAAGGUGAGGCUGUCGCCGUCAAGGUGCCUUACAUCAGUGAGGCCGUCAGGGAUGAAGAUGAUGAGAUGAGGAUGGUUCGAAUCAAAGCCGAUUACGCUCGUAUCACCAUGGAAGCCCUGGUCAAUCUCGCCUUCGCUGACCACCCCUCCUUCCCGAAGACACUCGGCAUCGUUGACAUCGAAGGUGCUCCAUCUCUCAUCCUCGAGUUCCUUGGUGAUAAGGAGACCGGUAUGAUCUACUCGCUCAGCCAGGCCAUCAAGUUCCAGAUUCCUGCUCUCUCCAAAGAACAUUGGUUCCUCAUCAUGAUGGACAUCAUCCACGGCUUGAAAUCCAUGCAUGAGAAAGGUCUCUUGCAUAACGAUCUGAAAGCCAACAACAUCCUCUUGCAAUGGCAACUUGAAGACCAACGAUGGCAUGCUUUCAUCAUCGACAUGGCAAAGUCUCGACUCAGACCAUUCCCCUCAGGCACAAACAGGUGCUUAAGGAGGAGAUAG